AUGGCGCUCCGGCUGACAGCGAUCGCUCUGAUGGUGCAGCUGGUGUCCUCCCAGGAGGCAGAUGACAGCUGCCUGGUUGGGGGCAAUCGCUCAGAUGAUGCCUCAUUCCUCCAAGUGUCCACUGGCCAAGCACCAUCUUGCGAAUGGAAGCUUUCAGCCGGAGGCGGCAGCUGCCAGCUGAAGUGCGCCGAGAAUGGCAAGGUCUGCGACCGCGCGCAGCAGAGGGCUCUUCAGGGAGCUGCAUUGGUUGCACAGGUGGCUGCUCUUGGAUGGACUUGCAAGAACGCGCCCCUGGAUGCCAACGACGUGGUCAACAGCGACCUGGCUCCCUACAUCGUUGGCACGACCAUCAGCGGCACAACUGGCCAAUGCAAGUCCUCAGGUGCUGCCUCCGAUUCCAAGUGCGGCAGGAAAGGCGGCAGCAGCGUCCGGGUCUGCUGCUGCGUGCCCCAGGGGAGCAUCCAGGAUGAUCCCCACAUCCGCACUUUGAGGAACGAGUUCUACACGCUCCUGAAGAGCGGCAACUUUCUGGCCUGGAGCUUUUCCAAGGCGCCCGUGGACUGGCGGCUUUAUGCUGCCUACUCCGGUCCCCGUGCCAAGUUCACCACCCAGUCCUUGCUGCUGGUGGAGUCGCAGAGCGGGCAGACAUUGGAGUUCACGGCGGACGCCUGCGCCUGGCAGAUGAAAACGGAGAGCGGAUGGCGCCCCGUACAGCCGCAGGUGCUGUCGAGCUUGGAAGUGGAGGAAGUGAACACGGUGACCGACGACCCCUUGAGCUUGGAAUCCGUGAUCAGCUUGAAGAUGCCGUCGCAGAAUGGAGCGCGCAACGUUGCCCGGGUGCUGACACACUGCAGCCCGCAGAAUCACGUGAACUUCUUGGUGAAGAUGUUCGACUCGAACGACUUGGAAUACGCCGGAGGGGAGCUUGGAAGUAUUCAGGAUCCCAGCAAGGGCCAUGUCAGCUUCUUGUCGACCAAGCUGAAGUCAAUGACCAUGAAGACAGAUGACGAGUUUGAGGUUCUGGGAACAUGGGCUUCCUUGGGCGGCAGUGAAGCUGCAACGAAGUUCCUCGAGUCCAGACAGGAAGCUGGAGCAAUGUUGCUGAGCACCAGCGGCGAAGCUUGCACCGAGGCGCAGGAGCAAGAAGCGGAGAAGAUUUGCGCCAAGCACCUCGAGAAGGAUGGCAUUCAUGCAGAGAUCUUCACGAACUGUGUUUUUGAUGUCUGCCACGGCGGGGGGGAAGCAGAUGCUCUGAGUGCCGCCGCAUUCAUCACUGCUGGUGAUAAUUAA